AUUAUCACCAAUACCUUCGAAUCCUAAACCUGGUACUGAUAACACCGCUCCCUCGCCAAAUGAAUGCAUCGAUUUACAAUGUAAUCAUUCCAUCUCGAAUGAGUGAAAGAGAUUGCGAGGCAUCCAAAAAAAAGCGGCUUCCUAACGACAUGUCCGAGUCGUGCGCCGGCUGCCGAAUAUCCCAUACAAGCCCUGCGUCACUACGAGCCGAUGGACGCGUCCUCGUAGGUCUGCAACAACCUUAAACAUCGCGCAGCCAUCUUAGUGCCUUCUGUCCGUCUUUGCCAACAAACUGUUCCUUCGUUUCUUUUCAACAGGGAAUGUGAUUACAGAUUCACCUCAAAUUACAUCAUCAAGCCUUUGGAUUAGAUGUGACAUGGUUAUAUUUUUGAAAUAACUCCCAUAAGCUACGCCUACCUGUAGAGAAAAGGAGAGAGAAAAAAAGACUUGCCUCGAUGCACGUGGAAAUGAUCCGCCGUUCUGUUUGGAAGCAGACGACACCGUGACGUACAACAUUUGGCGGGAAUGUACAUUUCUGUUAUUUUGGUCGAUACGUACUGGAUGCCAUUUCAAGCUUUAAGAUAUUUGAAAAACUGUAACGUUUUGUUUGUGUGUGUCUAUGAAUGCGGGAACUGGAACGGGAUCGUUACAUUUCCCGCCAGCUGAUAAAGGAUUUUUUAAAAAUACUUUGCUUUAAAAAAACCGACCGUUUGGCUGAAGGAGAUUCGCCCGAAAGCUGACCAGAAAGGGCAUCAUUUGGCAAAUUGGACAUUACAUAUCAUUUUCAAAGCAGUUAAGAGUACCCUUUUUUCGUGUUAAAAAUCUCAUCUUUUAUCUGCCUUUGUUGUUUUUAAUACAUCGUCUUAUAAAGUCAAAUUAGGAUUGUAUUAUGGUUGGAAACAUUCAUGAACAACAGAGUUUUGACGCUUGUGAUUCGAAUAAUAUCAACAGUGGAUAACCUAUUAAUGACGGAUCUACUUUCUGAUCAAGAAAGGGGGUUUGAUUUUCAGUAUGAUUUCACUUGGUGUUGGUGUCCCAUACUACUUGAAUGUUGGCAACUACAUCAUUCGAUUCCAGUCAUUUGUCAAAUACAUAUAAACAGAAUAAACUGACAACUCGACGACCGAAUCACGACACAAGAUAAAUUCAUGAACUACGCACUGGUGUCAAUUUACAUUCACAUUUCAUGGGAAAAUUUGAUCCAUCUUGUUUUAUGUUUAAUAUCAAUAUUUUGACAAGCCGUGCCUCUGGGAAGGAGCAUUUGCAUUUUCUCGUAGCAAUUGAAUAGAUAUCGACGCCAGUUUUAGUUUGGGUUAGAAGCCCUGAACGAUUGGAUAUUCUGUCUUGCAACCCGUCCCAUAGCAACUAUUGGCAGAGAGCAAAAGGUGUUUGUACGCCCUUCUUUACACACAGCAACAGAAUACACUUCUUUUUCACCCCACACCUUUUUCUCUCGACUAAUGAAAUACUUCAACACUAACAUACAGUAAGCUUCAACGGGAGCAGUGCCUUUUCCAAUUUAGCAUCCAGCCUUCAUCAUCAACCAGCUUCAUUAUCGCGUGCCUCGACCAAAAUCGUGUGUGAUUCUUUUUUCCUUUGCUUUUUAAGAGCUGUUUUUCGACGUCUUUUUUUUCGAGUCGAUCUUUCGCCAUCCCCGCCUGGCACUUUUCUCCCUUGACAUUCUUGAUUGUGAGACAAGCAACGCUGUGUUUGUUGCCUCCUACUCCUCCGUCGUCUCCCAGUUCAUUCAUUUUUAUUUCAUUUAUUCUCUCUCUCUCUCUCCCAUCUCGUCUCCGGUCGAUUCAUGAGGAGAAAAAUCGUGGAACGGGACACAAUCACAACCACUAUCGCCGGGAGUAGUCGCUCGGUGCGCUGCAUUGAACGUGCUUUGUAGCUCGUGAGUGACGCCUGAUCGUUGCCAUGGAAACGAGGUGCCACAGACACUAAACGGGACCCAGUUUAAUCGCGCGAUUACUUUUCAACCGAACGCGAUUGUAAUUCCACUUCAUUUCCCCCCUCCGCGUCUUUCACAAUUUUUCCCCCACCCUCAGUUUUCCUCCCCUGUUCUCUUCAUUUACUUCCUUUAUUUUUAUUCCCUUAUAUACUAUUCUGGAAUCGUGCAGUCGCCGAAAUGAACAUCGCGCCCAGACAAGAUGCCUUUUCGCUGAUACCAGGUGCCAAUGUAACAACCAACGGCUGCCGUUCUCUGAGUGACACCAGCAAACACGAUGGCGGAAUAGUCAUGGAGUUGGCGAAGGGAGGCGAAAGUUUGAGGGACGGGGGCGGGGGAGGCGUACGCGACGGGGGCGGCGGGGAUGUUGAGCUCAUCCCGCCUACCCAGUACUGCAAGUGGGUGGAAAAGACGUACGGCGAUAGUGGAAAGACGAAAACAGUGACCCGGAAGAAGUAUAAUCGCAUCGUCGCCGUCUUGAAAGGAGAUGAACUUCCGUCCGCCGAAAAUGGCCGCUUUCGAUUUUGGAUUAAAGGAAAGAACUUCAAGCUGGCAGCUGCUGAGAAGGGCCAACCAGAUUAUGGACAGAAAGUGCUCUACGUCCCCGUCAAAUCCACGGAGUUGACUUGCUAG